AGCCCCCGCCACACGGCUCGGGCGGGGUGCUGGUUUGCUAGCGAGUGUGAAACCGCGUGUUAAUGUAAGCGGCGCAAGAGGCGCGGGCGGCGGCAGGAGCAGCGGCGGGGACCCCGCGUCCCGGGGCAGAAGCCGGGACUCGCCUUCGACGUGGCCCGCCGCGGAGGGAGACAGAGCGGCAGCGUGCUCUCCGUCGCGUGGACGUUUGCCUCCGGGUCGUGAGAGAACUUUGCGGUGGCAGGAGCUGGUCAGCCCUUUGCUAAGAGCCAAGGAGGGGAAGGCAGGCGCAGGGAGCGCCCGAGCCGCGGAGAGCGACCGGCUGCCUGAUGCCCGGGGUAGAGGCGCGGCGGGCGGCCAAAGAGCUGCACCGGGAUCACUAGCCAUCGACUGGAGGGAGGGCACAUACUGGCGUGACCCUGCCAGGACCCCGCUAGGCUUCGAAGCUCCACGCCCCGCCGGAGACUCGGCAACGCCGGUGGAGAGCGACCGGUGACCCGGAGCUUACCGUCGUGGGAGCGGGUGACCUCCCGACCCGAGACGCGGCUCUCGCCGCUGGCUGUCUACGUGGGUUUUAGCCAAGGCGCCACCUGCACGACCGCCGACGCAGGGAGGAGACGCACAGCCCUCCUGCAUUUGUGAGCCGCCGAAGGGAGCUCGCCGGGGGCACCGGGUGGAGGGCCACCGGAGGUCCGGGCGCCCCCGCUGCGCAGACUCGCAAGCGCGGGGCCGGCCGAGCCGCCCGCAAUGUGGCCCUGAGGGCGGGGGCCGCACCCGUCGCGCCCUGGCCUUGCAUCCCGAGUGCCCCGUGCGCCGGCCUGCUGCGCUGCUUCACGUUCCUCGGCGGGAUUCAAGUUGGAAGUGGCGCGGAGGAUAGAGCUAUCCCGGAACAGAGCCGCGGCUGCCGCCAGAGCGAUGUUCCCGCAGAGCCGGCACCCAGUCCCUCAUGCUGGUCACCUGCAGACGCCGCACCAAGCUGCAGGCCAGCCCUUUAAGUUCACUAUCCCGGAGUCUCUGGACCGGAUUAAAGAGGAAUUCCAGUUCCUGCAGGCGCAGUAUCACAGUCUUAAAUUGGAGUGUGAGAAACUGGCAAGUGAAAAGACAGAAAUGCAGAGGCACUACGUGAUGUAUUAUGAAAUGUCAUAUGGAUUAAACAUUGAAAUGCAUAAACAGACUGAAAUCGCCAAGAGAUUGAACACCAUUUGUGCCCAAGUCAUCCCAUUUCUGUCUCAGGAACAUCAACAACAGGUGGCCCAGGCUGUGGAACGUGCCAAACAGGUGACCAUGGCAGAGUUGAAUGCCAUCAUCGGGGUACGUGGCCUACCAGGUCUACCUCCUACACAGCAGCAGUUGCAAGCUCAGCAUCUCUCCCAUGGCCAUGGACCCCCAGUACCUCUCACGCCUCACCCUUCAGGACUUCAGCCUCCUGGCAUCCCGCCCCUUGGGGGCAGUGCCAGCCUUCUCGCGCUGUCUAGUGCUCUGAGUGGGCAGUCUCACUUGGCAAUAAAAGAUGACAAGAAGCACCAUGAUGCAGAGCGCCACAGAGACAGAGAGCCUGGCACGAGUAAUUCCCUCUUGGUCCCAGACAGCCUAAGAGGCACAGAUAAGCGCAGAAAUGGUCCAGAGUUUUCCAGUGACAUCAAAAAAAGGAAGGUGGAUGAUAAGGAUAACUAUGACAGUGAUGGGGACAAGAGUGAUGACAACUUAGUUGUGGAUGUGUCUAAUGAGGACCCUUCUUCUCCACAUGCAAGCCCCACACACUCACCCCGGGAAAAUGGAAUUGACAAAAACCGUCUGCUGAAGAAAGAUGCUUCAGGUAGCCCGGCAUCCACAGCCUCCUCUGGAAGUUCCUCUUCCCUGAAAUCCAAAGAAGUGAGCCUGCAUGAAAAAGCCAACACUCCUGUUCUGAAAUCCAGCACACCGACGCCUCGGAGCGACAUGCCAACCCCAGGCACCAGUGCUACUCCAGGCCUCCGUCCAGGUCUUGGCAAGCCUCCAGCCAUGGAACCCCUUGUCAACCAAGCAGGAUUUGGUUUUCAUUUGGAUUUGGUACCAGGGAGUGGAAAGUUCGGACUCAAGGAGAAAUCUUGGAUUUUAUCCAGAAAGUCUUCUUUUGAGAUUAAGUCAGCAGCUGGCCUGAGGACGCCCCUGGCGGUGCCUGGCCCAUACCCUGCCCCCUUUGGCAUGGUGCCCCAUGCGGGCAUGAACGGAGAGCUGACCAGCCCUGGUGCUGCCUAUGCAGGUCUACACAGCAUGUCUCCACAGAUGAGCGCUGCAGCUGCUGCAGCAGCUGCUGCUGUGGUGGCCUAUGGGCGCUCCCCAAUGGUUGGUUUUGAUCCUCCUCCUCACAUGAGAGUACCUUCUAUCCCCCCCAACCUGGCAGGAAUACCUGGAGGGAAACCAGCAUACUCCUUCCACGUUACUGCUGAUGGCCAAAUGCAGCCCGUUCCUUUUCCCCCUGAUGCCCUCAUUGGACCUGGGAUUCCCCGACAUGCUCGGCAGAUCAACACCCUCAACCACGGGGAGGUGGUGUGUGCAGUGACCAUCAGCAACCCCACAAGGCACGUGUACACAGGUGGCAAGGGCUGCGUUAAGGUCUGGGACAUCAGCCACCCUGGCAACAAGAGCCCCGUCUCUCAGCUGGAUUGUCUGAAUAGAGAUAACUAUAUCCGUUCCUGUAAAUUGCUACCUGAUGGCUGUACUCUCAUAGUGGGAGGGGAAGCCAGUACUCUAUCCAUCUGGGACCUGGCAGCUCCAACUCCCCGCAUAAAGGCAGAGCUGACAUCCUCAGCCCCUGCCUGUUAUGCUCUGGCCAUCAGCCCCGACUCCAAGGUCUGCUUCUCAUGCUGCAGUGACGGCAACAUCGCAGUGUGGGACCUGCACAACCAGACCCUGGUGAGGCAAUUCCAGGGCCACACAGACGGAGCCAGCUGUAUUGACAUUUCUAAUGAUGGCACCAAGCUCUGGACAGGCGGUUUAGACAACACUGUGAGGUCCUGGGACCUGAGAGAAGGGAGGCAGCUACAGCAGCAUGACUUCACUUCACAGAUCUUCUCUUUGGGAUACUGCCCAACUGGGGAGUGGCUUGCUGUGGGCAUGGAAAGCAGCAACGUGGAAGUUCUGCAUGUGAACAAGCCUGACAAGUACCAGCUGCACCUCCAUGAGAGCUGCGUGCUGUCCCUAAAAUUUGCUUAUUGUGGCAAAUGGUUUGUGAGUACUGGAAAAGACAACCUCCUAAAUGCCUGGCGGACACCAUAUGGAGCCAGCAUCUUCCAGUCCAAAGAAUCUUCAUCAGUGCUUAGCUGUGACAUCUCUGUGGAUGAUAAAUACAUAGUCACUGGCUCAGGGGACAAAAAGGCUACCGUUUAUGAGGUCAUCUACUGAGAAUACCACGGCUUCAUAUAUACAGUUGGAUUGGGCCAAAUGUUUGGAAUUUGUAGAAAUAGAAGUUAUAAUUUAAAAAAACAGAAACAACAUCAAGAAACCUGAAGAAACCUGUUUCCAAAUCUUGACACAGAACUGCUUUGAGUCUACAAAGCGAAGGCAACAAGCCUUAUCAGUAGACAGCCAGCCGCCUGUCUAACUUUGGGCACCACAAUCACACAGAAGCCAGGAGUGGGAUAGAAGAGCUACCUGCUGCCUUGCCUGUCAGUCCUGCCUUGGCCCACUGUGAGCUUACCUUUCUGUUCCUUGCAAUUCAGUUCACCUUGAGUCCUUUGUAGAGCAGUGGUGUCUGCAAUGAACUUGUUUCUUGGUUUUGCAUCUUGUGAUUUUUUUUCUUUUUGUAUUUUUUUGUUGUUUCAACAUUUGUAUAAAUUGUAAAUAUAUUUGGUUUAUUACAGUAAAACCUUUAGUACCAGUAA